AUGGCGGGAAAUGAUAUGAAGCUUGUGGUGAUGGCGAUGAUUUUGAUCAUGAUAGGAGAAGUUGCUGCUGUGAAGGCGGAUAACCGGUGCAUGAUGAAAUGCCAGAUAAAGUGCCUUCCCCGCAUACGCCCUCUGUGCGUUACCGAAUGCUUGAAAAACUGCGACAAGCAGCCACUUCUGGACGUCUUCUCGGGUUGUACAUCUGACUGUGCAUAUUCUGUGUGCUCCAAAUUCACAUCAGCUACUAAGAGGGUGUAUGGCACGACGAAGUUUUGCGCUAUUCCAUUCUUGGUGACGGUGAUAUCCCUUCCAUUGGUAGGCAACGAGGUCUAA